AGCUGUUUGUUCCAAUUUUGAACGCAGUCGCGUGUUGGAAGCGAAGCGGUCUGGAAGUCAUUGGUGCGGUGAAGAUUACGUAGAGCCAUAAAAAUAGAAGCAAUGAUCUCGCUAUCGCACAGUAACGAAAGUUGGAAAUUUAUCAUAUAUAAAUUGAAAUAAAAUAUUAGUACUAAUUAAGUUACUUUCCUCUUUAUGUAAGCUGUUGGAGUUGAACCCCGUUCGUCUUUUGUGGCCGGGGCUGUAGUUAUGUGUCAAUGUUAUUAUUAGCCACAUCAGACGCUGGCCGAGGAGCGCUCUAGUGUUAGUCUUGUAGUGACUGUGGUUGACAGUAGGCAUUGUUGCGUGUGGGGAACAACAAAAUCGGAUGCGGAUUGUCAUGGGGAGCAGGUCGACGCCCCCUGCUGCGACGGCCAGUUCUGACCAGUCUUCACGGGUACUGGACAUCAAGAAGGAAUCUCCAGAUGAUGAAAUAAAGGAGUACGCAGAGACGGCAAUGAAUGAGUUGCUGGGAUGGUACGGCUAUGACAAGUUGGACAGCAGGGACACGCAGGGACUGAACCUCCACCAUUUUGCAGCGCAGAGAUCUCCCUCCGACCUAGACUCUUCGGACGCUGAAGGUGCAAGAAGCAGUAGUAGUCCUGGGCGUCGCGAUGCUGGCACCGGUUCGUCACAAGGGAGCCCCCCAUUACCAGAUGUGGCGAGUGUCCCCGCGGGCUGCACUGUGUGCGCUUGGUGCCAGAAGGUGGCCAGCAACAAGCAACUCUUCUCCUUGAAGACGCCGACUGGACAAAAGGCGUUUUGUUCCGAGGUGUGCUUCACCCAGUGUCGGCGUGCCAACUUCAAACGGAAUAAGACUUGUGACUGGUGCAGACAUGUCAGGCACACCGUGAACUACGUGGACUUCCAGGACGGCGAGCACCAGCUGCAGUUCUGCAGUGACAAAUGCCUGAACCAGUACAAAAUGAACAUCUUCUGCAAGGAGACCCAGGCACACCUACAAAUGCACCCGCAUCUGCAGGACGGGGCCGGAGGCGGGGGCGGCAGCUCGGGAGGCGGCCUCAUAACUCCGGAAUUGUGGCUCAGGGAUUGCAGGUCCGACUCUCCUUCAUCGGACCGGUCCUUGUCUCCACCUACCAGCUCGAUAGCUGCCCCCACAGUGCAGCCCCGAAGCGUGAACAGCCCCCCACUGCCCGCACCACCCCCACCGCCACCAGACAAGCUGAUCGCAGAGCACAAGGACGCCCCGGGAAAGCUGCGACGGGCUGGACGUCUCGGCAGGCGAGGGAACCGGACACCUGUCACCGCCACCGUGACGUCAGUAUCUACGUCAGACCUGAGGACCACUUCCUCGUCUUCUCCUCGCAGUGCAGGCAGCGUGUCGCCUCCGAAACAAAAUCACCUGCCACAUCUCCACCCACUACCCCCUCCUUCCUCUCAGAUACCUCCUAUCCUCCACCCUCCUCCCCACCUUCUGCCUCCAGACCACCACCUACCAAGACACGCUCCGCCACCGUUCCUGCCCCCGGGUAUGUUGCCCCCUCCUCAUCUAUUUCCAGACCCACACCAACACCCUCACCUCAACCCAGCUCGCUUUCCAACCGCCGUCCUCCGUCCUCCACCACGAACCUCCUCAACUUCACCUCCACCCCUUCAUCCACCGCCACUCCUUCCUAUGCCUCACUUACAACCUCGGCCUCCACGGGGGCCACCUCUACAUCCCACACCGCAGCCCCCUUCCCGUUUCCUGCUGCCUCCGGUGACGGUGAUGGUCCCUUACCCCAUAGUGAUCCCCAUUCCUAUCCCCAUCCCCAUACCCAUCCCGCUGUUCCCCCCCAAGAACAGCAAGACAUGCCCGGAGAGCGUCAGUACCACGGCAACGGCCGUCACGACGUCACCAGUGGUGGUGCAGAGUCGCCGCAAAGAGCAGUCUGCCGAGCCACCUGCACCUUCCGCUAGUCCGCCCCCUGCGGCACAGUCCCUACUGGACCCGAAGCCGAAACCUGCGUUAACCCCGACAAGACCUUCCGUUUCUGACCGCCCUCUGAGGAAACGCAAGAGGCUGGAUGUGGCGGCCGAAGAAGAGAGCCUGGGAAAGCGGAAAUUUGUCCCGGUGUGAUCAUGUCCUUAAGUCCUUCCUGUUUCAGUUGUUUUGUGUGUGUGACAGCGUCGGGUCCAGUCGGUGUAUAGAAAGGAUCAGAAAAUACACAAGAGUUAUCAUCUGUA